CUUUGUAAAACUGUGAAAGUUAUAAAUGCGUUAUGGUUUAUUGCGAAAAUAACGUUUCCCAUCGUUCAUUAUUCAGGAAAAUAUGAAAAACAUCUCAACAUAAUGGUUAGAUAUUGUUGUAAUGAUGGUGUUUGUAAGUUAAAAAGACAUUGGAAUUGUAUAUUUAAUUUUUCUUCAAUAAAAUUACCCCACCCAUUUUGAAAUGGUGGUUGAUAAUAAUACACGUUAUUGUGACACGCGUUACGUUUUUGUACAAAGAUUGGAAGGAUUUAACUGCCGUGUAUUGAAAUUGUGUGAUUUGUGAUAUAACUGAAGGAUAAUGGAUAUAAAUGAAUGAAUGCAUUCUCAGAAAGUGACGUGCUUUACAUACAAGUAAGCACUGGCACUUCAGAGAAUUGUUCAAAAACUCCAUUGGAUUUUAAAUGAAAUGCAGUGGUCUACGCCAGAUGUUUGCGGACGGGCAUAUUCCCUUUAGAGGCAGAUAUCACAUUCUGGGCGACAGUGGAUAUGCAUGUUCAGAAUGGCUGCUUACACCAUAUCUGAAUCCACAGCCAGGUAGUCAGAGUGCCUACAACAGAUCAUUGAAGAUUACACGGGCAAAAGUAGAAAGAGGAAUCGGACAACUGAAAAGAAGGUGGGGUGUGUUACAUGGUGAAGUUAGAAUGAAACCAGAAAGAGUCUGCAGGAUUAUCAUCUCCUGUGCAGUGUUGCAUAACAUCUGCAAAGACCUGAACAUUCCGAUACCUGAUGAUUAUCCAGUAAUACAGGAAGAUGAUCAGAACGAUGAUAACAACAAUAUGAAUGCAGGAGUUGCACAAAAUGGACUGCGAUACCGGGAUCAAAUUGCUAAUACAUACUUUUAGAUAUUAUUUGAAGUUUCAUGUGAGGCUUAGAAAACUAGACACACAAGCCUUGGCCACUAUUAAAUAAAAAUAUUACAGGUUAUUGGUAACAAAUAUACAGCAGCAAAUAAUAACAUAAUGGUAACAUGUUUAACAGUUUAUUUUUUGAUGCUGUAUUAAAGGGGCAUAUCUUCAGUAUUUUUCUUUAUAGUUAAAUUUAAAGUUCCUUUUUUUAUGAUUAUAAAUCGUGAGGAACAAUACUUGCUUGGUGAAAUUGUUAAGAAAAAAUAUAGCUAAAGCCUAAAAUAUUGUUCCCAACAUGGACCCAAUGGUCUAAACUUAGAACUCACAAGCUUGGAUGAGUUUUUUCUACACCGAAGUAAUGUUAAAUGUCUAUAAUUGUCACUGAGCAUUCGCAUUUUGUAAUACGUAUGUACAUUUUAUCAUAACUUAAAUAUUCAACUAUUACGAUUUUCCAGCAAGUGCGAAAAGUGUCCGGGGAAAACCGGUUAUAAUUAUUAAAAUACAUAUAGAGAAUAUUUAUCAUUACCGAAUCAGUGUUAUAAGAAAUAAGUUCUUUUAUGUAACAAUUUAUUUCUGAUUAUGAAAUGCUGUUGUGGCCAUUGAUAUGCCCCUUUAAAUAUCAAAAAGUUCAUAUCAAAGUUAAUAAAUGUGCCACAAAUUCAACUUCAUUCCUCAUGCUUUAGCUGCUUCUGUAGAAGUUUUAUUUGUAGGAUUAAUUUUUCUUCUUUGAGUUUUUGAACUCGAGUGUGGCAACCGCAACUGCAGCAGACAGUUUCGAUUGUAGCAUUACUGUAAUAAAAAUCAUAACAAGUGACUGAGGGAUUUCAUAACAUUUUAACCAGGAUAACAAUUUCACAAUGUUUUAACAUAUUGGGGACAAAACUAAAAUAUCUAUGGCAAAGCUAUAGUGUCUGAGUGCAUGAUUAAUGUUUUGGAAUAGUUUGUUAUUCAUAAUGUGUACAAGAUACAUGUAAGUACCUUGUGUCAUCAUUCGCAAAGGUUGCCUAUGCACUACCAGUAACUGGCGAAGGACGAUUAAAACUGUUUAGCGCUGCAGUCGUCAGAUGGACUGCAGAAGCUGUUUGUGUUCCUUGUGACGCCCCAGGACUGUGAUUGAACAAUUAAAAAAAAUAAUAUUAUAAUUAACUGCUUUGUCAACAUAUUGCAUAUAAGCUUAUGAUGUUGAAAAUAACUUUGAUGUUGAAAAUAACUUUGUCAAUUUUACCAAACCGGAGAAGUUAAAUUUUGCGCUUUCCAACACUGAUUUAUUCAAUAUUACUGCCAAAACCUGCUAUUUAAUUUUGAAAUCUAGGAAUAAUUUGUUGUACAGAUAAUUAUGUGUUUAUAGCUCUAUAAGGAUAUGUCAUGGCUGCAUAAUAAAAAUUAUCAUUUAGUUAGCAUUUACAAUAUAGAUAUCUAGUACACUGUAUUAUAAAGUUCCGGGUUAAUACUUCUACAAUUGCAUUCAUAAAAUAUUUAUUAUUUCUUACAUGAUAAUAUAUCAUUUGCAGCAAUGAAGUUUCCUAUAUCUUUAGGUCAAAAUCUAUCGCUAAACUUGUUAUAAAGGGAGAUUAAUCUACAGUGCUUGUGGAGUUAUCCCCUUUGCAAAAAAGAAGUAGCUAAUAUUGUCAGGGUGAUAUCUAAGUAUUUUUUACUUGAGUCUUUUGGUCAAUAUUUAUAAUUCAGGUUAUUGAUUAGACAUAAUGAAUAUUAACUGCACUGCAGUCUGCUUCUUGUCUUAAAAGAAAUACAUUUCUGCUUCUUGUCUUAAAAGAAAUAUAUUUUAUCACUGUCAAUUAUGUCAAGUUUCUUACAGUACCUGAACAUAUAAUUUAACUUUAAUACAGAAGGUCAUUGCCAACCAGUCCACUUAGGAUCUAAUUCUAGCUGGUUUUUGCUCUUUUAAAAUAUUUUUCAAUACGCGCAUUAGUGCCUUGAUCUACAAUAUUCAGUCUUUUGUGAAUGUGUAUUAUUUUAUUGCAGUUGUUUAAUCAAAGGUUGGCAUUGGCAAUCUGGUUUUUAUGAUGUGUCAUAUAAAUCAACACUUAUGAUAAGAAAAAUUAUUGUUAAUUUGUUACAUAUUUAAAAAAAUGUCUAUUGGUAUAACAAAUCUGUAAAG